AUCUUAGAUUCUUGGCACAACUAGAGGUAAAUGAGCUAGUGCAGUAAGCCACACAAGUUCCUUUCAUGUCAAGGGUAGUUUGGGCAUCAAAACAAAUAUCUAAACGAACCUUCCCUUUUCUCCUUUGGAUUAAAAAAAAAAAUUGCAUAAAUAUAAUAUGUCAUCUCUAGCUUUCUCCCAUACGGCUUACCCUAUAUAUACAUGCUCACAAGAGAUCCAAUUCCAUCAACACCAAACCAAUACACUUCUACUACUCUACAUUUGCUCCAUUUUCCACAAUUUUCCCACAAUUUUCCCACACAUUCCCAUCUAAUUUUCUUGGCUUCCAAACAAAAACCCCAUUUGAACCAUUAGACCUAAAUCCCAUCUCAGCCAUCCUUAACAACUACAUUUCACUUUUUGGGUACAUUUUAUUUUCUUCAAAUGGAUCGCGUAGCAAAGUUGGCGUCACAAAAGGCAGUGGUGAUUUUCAGCAAGAGCUCAUGCUGCAUGUCCCAUGCAAUCAAGAGACUGUUCUAUGAACAAGGGGUGAGCCCUGCAAUCUAUGAGCUCGAUGAAGAAUCAAGAGGGAAGGAGAUGGAGUGGGCUUUGGUGAGGCUAGGGUGCCAGCCCUCAGUGCCAGCUGUCUUCAUCGGAGGCAAAUUCGUCGGCUCGGCCAACGCAGUCAUGACCCUUCAUCUCAAUGGCUCUCUAAAGAAGUUGCUAAAAGAUGCUGGGGCAUUAUGGCUUUAGAAACCCUAAAUGGAGCAUAUUAUGCAGUAAUCUUUGUGUGUCCCAAAUAAUUAUGGGUAACUCGUCACUUAUAUUUUCCUUUUAUCUUUCUCUUACAUCCAGCGGCUUAAAGUACAUUUUGUAUGGAAAAUAAUAUAUAGAGAGUAUACUAAUUUCAGUUGUGGUUACAACUAAUUGUAUAACUACAUUAUUUUCUGAAGUGCAGUACUAUUAUAUAAAGAACUAUAUUUUAUGAUUA